ACUUGGACUUUUCUACGAACAAAAACCCCGACUACCAAAUCUUAGUCAUCACAACCCGGUGAGGUGGCCGAGUGGUUAUGGCGCUAGUUUCAGGACAUCUGAAAAGAGUUCCGAAAAGGAGUUACUAGUGAGGAAACUCUCGUGGGGUAUUUUCACCUUUAUCCCCCUCUAUUAUACCUCUUAUACUAAUCCGGAAAAAAGUUCGAGUCCCACCCUCAUCAUCAUCUUUUGUUUUGGCGUGGGAUGGAGUGCUUUUUGGCGUUGUGAGAGUGGUAGUGUAGGCUAAGCAAGAUUGAACGUGUCCAGACAUAGAAAUAAGCGGUGCCGUAGAGCCAUGGAUAGCGGUGAUGACAACACUCCAUUCGAGUCACAUCCUAACCAUCAUCAUCUCUUUGUUUUGGCAUGGGAUGGACUGCUCUUUGGUGCUAUGAAAGUGGUGGGUGGUGUGGGCCGAGAAAGAUUGGAAGGUGCCCGGCGUGCCCGGAUAGCAGUGCCUCGGGACCCUCGGACCGUGGAUGGCGGUGAUAACAGCACCCAAGUCGAGCCCCACCUUUGUCAACAUCUUUCUUUUUGCUCGACUUUGACUUGUCUUUGCAAGUCACCGGUGUGGGGUUGGCUGAUAGAAAGACAGGAAGACAUUUUGGACCGAGGCACCGCUUCUUCAUGCGCCGUACGGACCCGUACAGAUUACCUUCGUAGAAGCUACAGAGGACUUGCCCUGCACGAGCUGUCAACACUUCUUUUGCCACAGCCUGACCACGAAGCCACGGCCUUGCCUGCUUGUUGCAAGCAACAUCCUGGAAUCCAUGUUCCGACGGCGACUUCUACCACGUACAGAACCUUCCUACGGGAAAAUGGGUACACAGCAGAUGGCAGUCGAACACCUGUUGAAGAUUUUUCAGGAGCCUGGCUCACUCCACCAGCCUUUUGCCCGGUCGAUAUGGCUGGUCAAUGCUUGAUUGACGUAGAGCGACCUGGGGUUUUGUGGCGCUACGGACCGUCCCUCAAAAAUGUCCUCAUCACCCCAUGACGGCGCAAUAUGGGGAGGUGGAAAGGUGACGUUGACACGAUAGUGAUGCGCUGGAUAGGCACGGUGGAGAUGGCGUGCGGGUCGCGGUUCUGGCCUCGCUUCAAUCCCACCUCAACCGGAUCAUCUCCCCGACUCUGAACAUUUUGACGACUACCCCGUACGGAGGAUUCUUCGCUUUACCCACAGCACCCCUGUGGAUUGGA